CUUAGCAGCCAGUUGUGACGUCAUGAUGACGUCAUCGAUUCUUUCCGAGCCGUUUGCAUUCGAGAGGAUUUGGCGCCAGGGCAAACAUCGCAUCAGUUAAGGGACAAAAGUGGAUUAAUUUCUUCGCAAAUAAGUGAAGCUACAUAGGUAGAGUUUAGCGCACAGUGCAGUAAAAAAAUGACAGUUCCAGCGAUGGAUGGGCAAGCAGCUCAAAACUUCCCCAGGCUGCAAGAAAUACUAAAAUAUUUUAUCUUGGGCUUAUUGGUGGUGGCUCUCAUAGUUAAGAUACUCAACUUCUUCAUCAACAUAACGAAAUACAUAAUUUUCGGAGGGAGUUCUUCAUCAGGUUUGUGAUCAUGAGCUCAAUUUAGUCAGGUACGCUCAAGAAGAAGAGGCUGAUGAUGUUUCUGUCGAUGGUCAGUUUAAUUUCAAUAAUUGCUUUGUUGCUGACUGUCAACGUCAUACUAGGGUACGAGGUGCAGGACAUCUUCAUCGUGCAGUGCAUCUUUUUCACUGUACUGUGGGUUAUUGUUCCAACAAUCCCCCUGCUUUGUAUUGGAACACUGUGUAGAGAAACCGAAGCAAAACUCUUCAAGUUUUGCAUCCUGACUUUUAUAGUGACUCCAAUUUUCACAGACAUACGCAUAAUAAUGGAGGAGAAUGUUAUACACAGUUCAAAAUUUUUGUUGAAAUCGAUAGAAGGUUUAAGAAAAUCGCAAGAGGCUCACGCUGACAUUGGCUCAGAAAUUAAUAAUGUACAAGAUUGUUUCAUUGAGCAGGAGGGAUAUAUCUUGGAGCACUUACUCAUGAAAACGGAAGCAUUUAGAAAGGCCUUUGACGAUAACCCGUACAAGCAAAGGCAACUGGAAUCAAUUGACAUUAUGUGUAAAAACUUUACUGAUGAUUUAGUAGGACUUUGUGUAAGUGGUUUUGACGGCGCCGGAAAGUGGGUCAAUGCGGAAUACGCAGCUCUCAACCGUUUUGCUGGAAAUAUGGCCGUCAAAGUGGGCAGAAAAAUGGUUUGUUCUGAGGUUCGAGAAGAGGCAGAAGAAAAUGAUCCGUGUAAAAGGUAUGCUGAAGACAAAGAUAAGGUGGAAGCCUUUGCAAAGGAGAGAGAGAAAUAUGAGGCAAAUAAAGAGGCAGACAGCUCGGAGCCGCCACUUGAAGUCAAAACAAAGGGAGGUAAUGUACUGGGCAUCAAUGAGAAAUUUUUCAAAGACGUCAGGUCACUUUUAAAAAAGUCUCUGUCAUUUGCUGAUAACAUUCCAAGUGUGCUUGAAUCUUUAAAGUUUUUCUUCAUAGAAUUUCAGUUAACGUUGUUAAUACUUAUUACAUGUUCUUCAGUAAUACAAUUCAAAACGGACAGAAGUUACCGCAAUGUAUUCAUAACUCCCACUGUUGAGGACUUGAAUGAAGCCUUAGCGCUCCGCCUACUGCCUCCUCAUAUUGACGAUGGCUUUUUAUUUGGAAGAGAUUACAUAAGAAUUCUCAGUUUUUUUGAUGGGUCUAUACUUGUGACUGUUGCAUUGUAUUUAAUCAAAUUAGUUCUCGAUGCUAACGUACGAAAUCUGAAAGGAGACUUUGGUCAAGAUGACACUCAGACCAUGUCGUAUAUAUUUUUUAUUCAUCUUUUUUUUCUAAUAUUUGGUAAAACCUUUCUUGGCAACUUAGAUAUCAUUAUUAUGGAAGAAUUAGACGAAAACAUGAAGAUGGAGAGGGCCAAAUAUGUCCUAAGUGUAAUAGGGAAAAAUAGGCGUGAAAGAGAACUGAGACAGGCUUCGCUGGUUUUGAAGUGUAAUAUGUGCGAGCGGAAAGUUUACAAGCAUAAAUGGUGUCCUGAUAAAAUGUGUCGAAAUUUUCUAUGUCUUGACUGUCAAUGCCAUUAAAAUCUCCUUUAUCCCUUCAUAAUACAGUGACAUACUGUCUAGUUUCAGUUGCUGUAUACUGCAUGUUUUCAUAUCAUGCAAUAUUUGUUCAUGGCUAUCAUUAACUUUUGUGAUUUAUUCCACUCUCAUAAACAUAAGAGUCAAGACGCUUUUCUUAAUUAGGUGGAGGAUACCUUGAAACGUUUUCUUAGGAACUAUGAUGAUGUAAUGUCCUUUGUUGCCAUGUUAAUUUACGGUGAACGUUUUCUUAGGUACUAUGAUGAUGCCAUUUCUUUUGUUUCUUGUUAAUAUACCUUGAAACGUUUUCCUAGGAACUAUGAUGAUGUCAUUUCUUUCGUUUUCUUUUUA